CUUCUAAGAUCUACACUCGUCCCAGAGCUGCCGAAAACUUCCCCUAUCCCCGCUCUAUAAAGCAAAAAUCAUCGGAAUAAUGGCUAUCAAAGCUAAAGCUACCCUCGCCCUGGUUGUCGCUACAGCCGCCAGCCUUGCCAACGCUCAAUUUGGGCCUCUUCCAAGGGAAUGCACAUUCACAGCAUACACCAGUACAGACUGCUCGGGCGAAUCAGUGCCUAAGACCGUUCCACACUACGCCGAUUGUUGGGUAGCUCCUCUGCAAUCAUACAAGCUAGAAGGCCCGGAAUGCUACGCCAUUACAGUAGAGGCAUUCGCCGACCAGGAGUGUGGCUUUCCCAACGUCUACAAUUUCGCCGAAGCACAUCCCAUCACCAGAGCCGGAUGCUAUAACUUCGCGACUAAUCCCCAGAGCGGCUAUUUCUUCUUCCGUAAUUGUUGA